AUGUCUGGUACAGAUGAGAACGAUUUUGAGGCCACAUAUGCAGUUGAAAUGCAUUGUGAGUCGUGUACUAACGAUAUCCAAAAAUGCUUGAAAGAUGUGAAUGGAAUUAAGAAUGUGACAUUUGAUAUUAAGGAUAAUCUUAUGAACGUGGAGGGCCAUGCUGCCCCAAGUGCAAUUAUCAAUGCGUUAAAAAAUUGCGGGCGUGAUGGGAUCAUAAGAGGUACAGGUAAACCGAAUAGUGCUGCUGUGUCUAUCUUGGGACAAUACACGACUGGCCCUUUUGAAAAUACUGUCAAGGGACUAGUUAGAAUUGUCGAGGUAGCUCAGAAGAAAACGUUCUUCGAUAUAAACUUGAAUGGAGUUGAGAAGCCUGGUCUGUAUUACGCCUCUGUGAGAGCCAGUGGUGAUCUGAGCGAAGGUGUGAAAAGCACAGGGGAUCCGAUCUAUAAGUUCGACCAGCCCAUAGAUUGUACUUCACCAAGUGAUUCUAUACCUAAUUCUUUCAGUGGCAGUUCUUUCGUUUCAGCACCAGUCCAUGUAUGGGAAUUAAUUGGAAGAUCAUUUGUUGUUACCACCGAUCCGGAGCAUAAUGUGAACAAGGAUAAUGAUAUUUCGUUUGGCGGUGUGAUAGCACGCAGUGCUGGUAUUUGGGAAAAUGACAAAGAAGUAUGCGCUUGCAGUGGUAAGACCCUAUGGCAAGAGAGGAAGGAUGCUAUUCAACACAACAUCAGAUUCUGA